AUGAGUAAAGUGAUCGUCUUUGGUUCUGUGGUUAUAUUAGCCGUAGUUGUGUGUUCACUUGCAACUAUGGCUUUUCUACUUGAAGAAAUCUCUUCGUUACAAGACGAGUUGCAAAGUGAUUUGGAUGAGUUCAAUAACAUCGCCGAGGACGCGUGGAUGGUCCUGAUGUCAAAGCAUUUCGGGUACACUGGAAAAUCGAACGGUUUGAACUUCGCUGAACUUAUAGGACGCCACUCGCGCGCUGCAAAUCAGUGUAAUUGCGCCCGACAAGCAAUGCAUUGCCCAGCUGGUCCACCUGGGCCGCAGGGCCAAAGAGGACUGCCAGGAGAGCCUGGCACCGAUGGCGAGGACGGUCGACCGGGUGUUGCAGGAGUUGCCAUUGCCGUCACUCAUGACAUUCCCGGAGGAUGCAUUAGCUGCCCAGCUGGUCCACCUGGAGCACCCGGAAAAACUGGAGAACCAGGACCACCGGGUCCAGCAGGAGCUCCUGGAAUCGUCGGUCCUCCAGGCCAUAUGGGACGCAUGGGAGAUCCUGGUCCACCAGGUGACGAAGGACCAGGUGGAAUGCGAGGUCGCCCUGGUUCACCAGGUCCUCCUGGAGAAUCGGGAACUCAGUAUAUGAUGGGCGUACCAGGCAUGCCUGGUCCACAAGGAAUGCGUGGACCACCGGGUCAACCUGGAAAGGCAGGUCCGCCUGGCAAACCAGGAAUGCCGGGUCCACAAGGUCGUGCUGGUCUUCCUGGCAAAGACGGGCGCCCCGGUAGGAUGGGUCAAGCAGGAAUGCGUGGAGACAACGGCAAAAAUGGAGCAGAUGCACUUUACUGUCCUUGUCCCAGAAGGCGUGGACGUCGAGUGGAGUCUGUAGAUUCACAGAAUUCGCCUCCUCAGAUUUUGCUGACUACGCCAACGACAACGACGCCGACAACAACUUUCCGCACUUACGCUCCUAGAACUGUUCAAGUGCUGACAACGACAACUCGAAUGCCAAUUCGGCCUCAAAUUCAAACCCUUUCACCUUUUCCGACAUCAUCAGCUAAGCCUGCUCCAUCACAAACUUCCUCUCGUGCUGUUCCCACUGUUACAACUCCUCCCACAACAAUUCGUUCAAUGUCGACUACUCCUCACAAAUGA